AUGGGGAAAUGCACCGGAUUGUCGCAUUUGGAAUUGACGGACCUUCAGCUAACGGUGCAUUACAACCACAGCCAGAGCAAGCUGUCGCAGCAAGAGCUCGCCGAUCUGCAAAAGGCCACACAUUUCGACAAGAAAGAGCUGCAGCAAUGGUAUAAGGGCUUCCUGAAGGACUGCCCCAGCGGCAUGCUCACCAAAUCCGAGUUCCAAAAGAUCUACAAACAGUUCUUCCCCUUCGGCGAUCCGUCAUCCUUCGCCGACUACGUCUUCAACGUCUUCGACGCCGACAAGAGCGGGAGCAUAGAUUUCAAAGAGUUCAUAUGCGCAUUGUCUGUCACGAGCAGAGGCAAGAUGGAGGACAAGCUGGACUGGGCCUUCCAACUCUACGAUAUCGAUGGCGACGGCAAGAUCAGCUACGAUGAGAUGCUGUCCAUCGUGGAGGCGAUAUACAAGAUGGUGGGAAGCAUGGUCAAGCUGCCUGAGGAUGAGGAUACCCCAGAGAAGAGAGUCAAGAAGAUCUUCCGCAUGAUGGACAAAGAUGAGAACGGGAGCUUGGACAUGGCGGAAUUCAAGGAGGGCAGCAAGCGCGACGAGACCAUCGUGUCGGCGUUGUCACUGUACGAUGGGUUGGUAUGA